GUGGUGAUAGUGAAUAAUUGAGAAGGUACGGCCAGACAAACACAGAGAGCUGCUAAAGAGAGAGAAAUAAACGUGAAAAGAACCUUUUUUAAAGACAUUUAACUAAAUAAUUCAGUCUAUUAAACUUUUACUACUAAUAGGCUACACUACCACACACUGCUCGGCAAUGGAGGGAGACGUGGAUGAAGAUGACGAUACUUUUACUAACAUCUCACUAGCUGAUGAUUCAGCUGAAGGCGAACCAAGAGUCCUGAUUUUGAGACCAGAGGACCAACACAGAACCAUGAACUGUGAAAUUGAUGGAGAUCUGGAGAAUCAGGUUGAGCAGGAGGAGAAGACGAGGCUCAUUAACCAAGUGCUGGAGCUUCAGCACACUCUUGAGGAUCUUUCUGCGCGCGUGGAUGCGGUGAAAGAAGAGAACCUUAAGCUUAAAUCCGAGAACCAGGUUCUUGGGCAGUACAUCGAGAACCUCAUGUCUGCCUCCAGCGUGUUUCAGACCACCGACACCAAAGGCAAACGGAAAUAAGCGACGGUGCGGAUCAUCUUUGUGUGGUUCAUCAUCCUCUCUUUUCAACAUUCAACCGAAAAGCCAAUACAUAAGCCGCUGUUUGUUUAUUUAUUUUGUUCGUUUACAAUAUACUGAUGCAUCUGUUA